CCUCGAAUAAAUACAAAGAGCCGAGACUGGAGAGAGGCAACCUUCCUUCGUCCCCACAUGGAGAAAGUUUAAAAGGAUGACCAAGUUCCUCCUUGUGGCUGCCCUUUCAAGUCAUGUUCCUGCAACCUAACAAUCUUCCUUUACCCAAAGCUACGUUGUUCCACGUUUCAAUGUGCAUAGAAACCUCUGCAUCGGGCGUUGGGUCUAGCUUGCACCAAAUAGCGUUUCGGUUUGGCUCGGUUCGUGGCUGUACGGUGCGUUCAACCACACUAAAAUGGCUACCCCUACUACUAGUCAUGAUCCAGAGAAAUAGCCCGUCUAGUGGAAUCUAUCAGAGGAAAACGAGAAAGCUGACUGAUGAAGAAGAAAGGAAGGCCUUUUUGGCAAACGAAAUUGUUGUAUAUGAUUGAUUGGCCAUUCUCCCUUCUCUUUUGGGGGCUUUGGCUCUCUUAUUAUUCACGUCCACGGUUCAUAUUUCGAUCAUCUUGGUGACCUUUCUUCGAAUACAAUCCUUUUAAGGGGAAAACGUGAUUCUUUAGCUUAUGUUGUAAUAAUGCAUGCAUGUGAGGUGCAUAUACUGUGCAUUUUCAUGUAUCAAGUGUAAUUUAUUGUUGAUUGGCAAGAGAAGU